ACUUCAACCAGUCCGCCGGCCGGAUGGGUCGAUGAUGGAGGUGACCAGCCUUGCAAAGCCAUGAGUGCUGGCCCCCUGGAUCCUCGGAGAGACAUCGAAGGAGCUUCUAGACUCCGGCCAGGAAUGCAGGCAUGUAGGAAUGAUAAAUAGUCCGCUGCCACGCUCCCUAGAGAUGAAGGCUCGAAAGUCACGCAAUUGGAAACUUGCACACUAUAGAUCACGACGAGCAGACACUCACUAGUCGAUUCAAAGACUAGAGUUGACAAAGAAACAUUGGCAUAUUAAUAGGGACCAUUAUAUUGCCAAUCUCGUCGUUGCUACCAUGUUAGUCCACAGACAACUACUGUGGUGUGUCUUAGCAUUCACAUCACAAAUGGCGAGCGGCCUUGCUUUACCAACGCCAGCGUCUCCAAACGACCACGGGAUCCUCCCAAGGGACGCCCUUAAACCUCGAGCCAAGGGAUUCGGAAACGGAAUCCCCCUGCGAAUCAUGCCCUUGGGAGCCUCCAUCACCUUUGGCUUCGGAUCCUCGGACAACAACGGGUACCGCAAAGACAUCCGCGACAAGAUCGAAGCCAACGGAAACAAGGUCAACAUGGUCGGCAACAACCCGUCCGGGAGCAUGAAGGACAACGACACCGAGGGCUGGAAGAGCUACACGGUAGACCAGGUGCACGACAAAGCCAACGUCUCCGUGCCCAAGUACAAGCCCAACGUCAUCCUCGUCAACGUCGGCACCAACGACUGCGUGCAGAACAAAGACCUGCCCAACGCCGGGAAGCGCCUGCAGAGCCUGCUCGCCUCGCUGUACGCCGAGUCGCCCAAGGCCACCGUCGUCCUCUCCACGCUGCUCGUCAACAAGAACCCCGACGUGCAGGCCCGCGUCGACGACUACAACGCCCAGCUGCGCAGGGUCGCCGCCCAGCUCCAGAGCAGCAACAAGCGCCUCGUCCUCGUCGACAUGCAGGGCCGCGACGGCCCCGGUCUCGACGAUCUCAACUCCGACGGCACCCACCCCGGCGACGCCGGCUACAGGAAGAUGGCCGAUGUCUUCUACGACGGCCUCAAGGACGCCGAUCGCCGCGAUUACUUGGUCGCUGCUGACAAGGUCGACGGGCUCGCCGACGAUGGCGCGUGAGCUACCUACCUACCUACCUACCCCGAUACGGUUGGUAUUUCCUUCGUGGGUCUGGAAUGGAUAUCCAGGAUGGAUGUACAGGUACCAGGUCAUAUUCGAGCGUUUUCAG